AUGCAUUUGGCAGCGCUGUACCCUCGCUCAAAGACCCUGCAAACCAACAUCAUCGAGUUCUUUAUUGUUGUAGUACAGAUAUGUCUUCGUUUCCAUCGGUAUACCCAGAAAUCCGGGCCGGCCAAGUUCGUAUCUUCGCUCAAUGACAGCGAUAUCGAAGAACUGCGAUCAAGUCUUAUAGCCUGGUCAAAAUCGAUUCAAGAAGAGAUCACGACCCUUGUCGCACAAACGGUAGAAACAGAAGCUAAGAGUAAUUCGGCCUUCCGAGCACUGAUGAGCUCCAGCUUUAAAAGAGCUUCUGAACGGCAAAGGCAGAUUGCUCUUCGAAAGAUUCGGAAUCGCUGUUCAACCUACGACUACGAGACCCCGUGGAGACAGAUCCGCAAAGCUGGGAACACCUGCCUGUACAAGGAGUUACCUCAGUACAACCAGUGGAUAGAGGCACCAGCCUCAAAGACCUUGAUUCUGGUUGAGAAACUUGGAUAUGGAAAAUCUGUCACGCUUGCGAACAUUGUGGAUGAUCUUAACUUGCGCAUCGAUCCCAAGGCUUGCGGACUCGCAUACUUCUUCUGCCGACACGAUAUUCCUCAAAGCAAACAGGCAGAAACGAUCAUGGGCGCACUCCUACGCCAGAUUAUCAGCCCACUCGAACAUCUCCUCGAUGAAUCUCAGGUUAUGAAUCUAUAUAACCUUCCUCAGCCACUUGGUCUAAUGCGUCACGUUGUUCCUUCUGGAUAUGUCUUGUAUAUCAUAGUUGACGGUCUGGAUGUAUGUUCUCCCUCAGAACGAAAGACGGUCACAGAGCAAUUGGAGCUUAUGGCGACGCAUUUCAACGUACAUAUCUGCAUUUCUCGCCGCCUGGAACCUGAUACCAAGCUGCAGACUAUCGCUAAAGACUUCUCGAAAGCCACUAUUACCCGGCUUCCCAAUAACGAUUCGGAUAUCGAGACGUACGUCGAAGCGCAAUUAGAGGCUGCUUUAUUGGAAAAGAAGUUGGUUUUGGGUGAGCCCGCUAUCAUUCUUGAGAUCACGAAUGCGCUAUUGGACGGCUCGCAACAUAUGUUUCUCUGGGUUGCUCUUCAGAUCCAGUCGCUUUGCAUAAUGCAAACCGAUCACGACAUUCGAAAAGCGCUCGUCAAAUUGCCCAAAGAUCUUUCAGAGAUCUACAGCCAAAUACUACAGCAAGCAAAGUGUCUUGAGCGGCCACUACGAGCAGAUAUCUUCAAGCUCAUAUUGGUUGCGAGACGGCCACUCACGCUUCUCGAAAUGCGAGAAGCACUGAGCGUCACCCCAGGCAAUACUACAUGGGAUCCCUCUAAGCUUCUCAACAGUAUAGAUCCGGCACUUGCAACCUGCGGGUGCCUUAUCACCGUCGACGAAGAGGAACAUACUAUACGUACAGUCCAUCCGAGUGUGAACCAAUUUCUGCUCCAAGACACUCUUACCACCCCAGAAACGGUUCGCGGUAUCAAGAUUACAAUGGAGGACGCGCAGUCACUGAUGUCAUCGAUCAUUAUCACAUACCUCGGUUACGGCAUCUUUGGCACGGAACUUGCUGUCCGCCCGCCUGUGCUCAACGUAGGAUCAGUACCAGACGAUGUCAUCGAGUCUACGAUGGGUACAAACAAAAAUACUCUGGCUACGGCCUUGAAGCUGCUGCGGUCAAGAAAGCAGAGCAACUUCGAUGCUUCUAAUGCUUUCGCUCAAAACAUUAAGUCGCCUAGCCCACCAAACAGGGACGACUUCCUCUUCCAACAUUACGCAAAGUCAUACGCUCUACAACAUCUUUCAGACCUCCCUGCUGUAUCAUGCGAUGCUUCAGAGAAUCUGUUGCGAAUGGUGAAAAGUGGCGCAAUGAUAGUCAAAUCCAUUGAGGAGGCAAUCGGACUACUUUGGCUCAUGCUCCGACCGCCUGGAAGAUCAGACGUUUUCGAGCUUCUUACACAUAUAGACUUCAGUGCAGUUGAAGUCUUGCACUCUUCAACCGGUCCCAAUCUGGUCCAUUUGUUCAGCAAGCUGUUCCAGUCAGCCAUAGUCAAUGGUCAUACGCAGGCGAUCAAGUACCUGGUGGAUUUGUAUGAUCCACUUAUCAGCAAAUCUCCCGAUUCUGUGCAGCCACUCCCAAAUCUUGCUUUCCCCGCACUCAGGGAUUUCUACCAUCAUCAUGGAACGAAUUCAAGUCAGUAUUCCGAUGCGCCUGCAAUAGUGUUCUUUGGAAUUACUCCCAUAACUUAUGCUAUUGAGACCUUCCAAGACGACUCUUUGGAUCUUCUUUUGAGCUACGGUUUCCUUGAUUUCCAUGUUGCCGAUGAGCUUAUUCCUGUUAGCGUUGCCAUUAAUAUCGGGAACCAUAGAGCCUUGGAACUAUUGCUCUCUGCACACCGCGAGGCGGAGAAACCGUUGACACUAAAGACUGCGCAGAUGGGAAUCAGAAUUGCCACCGAACUGGGAAAGGACGACUCCAUCUUGUUGCUUCAAAACUAUAUCAGAACGAUGUAUCCGAACGCUGCUAAUCACGACAGCAUGACAAAGUUCUCGUGA